CCUGAGCCAGCCCGCGUAAAGGACACCUCGAACCUCCACUGACUGACUGCAUGAACCGUACGCGAGCCAUCUUCCAUCAUCGACGGUAGACACCUUCCUCCAUUCCUUAGGGUUAUCUCGACAAUUCAAUUCCAUCCAUUCCUUCGUCGACAGCCGCUCGUUUUCUACAACUUCGAUAAUCUCGUAAUAAUCAGUCACCAUGGCUCCCACCAAGACCACCGGCAACGAUGUGUACUCGGUCAUCCUGCCGACCUUCAAUGAACGCCAGAACCUCCCCAUCAUCACCUGGCUGCUCAACCGCACCUUUAGCGAGCAAAACAUCGACUGGGAACUCGUAAUUGUCGACGACGGCUCCCCCGACGGCACCCAAGAUGUCGCCGCCCAGCUCGUCAAGCUCUACGCUCCCCACGUGCAACUGCAGACCCGCACAGGCAAGCUCGGACUCGGCACCGCCUACGUCCACGGCCUCCAGUUCGCCAAGGGCAACUACAUCAUUAUCAUGGACGCCGACUUCAGCCACCACCCCAAGUUCAUCCCCCAGAUGAUCGCCAAGCAGAAGGCCGGCAACUACGACAUUGUCACGGGCACCCGCUAUGCCGGCGACGGUGGUGUUUACGGCUGGGACCUCAAGCGCAAGCUUACCUCCAAGGGCGCCAACAUCUUUGCCGAUACCGUGCUGCGCCCCGGCGUGAGCGACUUGACCGGUUCCUUCCGGUUGUACAAGAGGGACGUGCUGGAGAAGCUGUUCCAGAGCACGGACAUCCGUGGUUUCACCAUGCAGAUGGCUCUGGCUGUUACGGCCAAGUCCCAAGGCUUCUCGAUCGCUGAGGUGCCCAUCUCCUUCGUCGACAGAGUGUAUGGCGACAGCAAGCUCGGCGGCGAGGAGAUUGUGGAAUAUGCCAAGGGCGUUCUGCAGCUUUGGUGGUCCACGUAAACCGGACGAGGAAUACCACAAGAAGAACAAGAGGGUAACGGUCUUUCUUUCGAAAUAUAUAAAAGCUAAUGGUCGGGCUGGGCCGAUGUACAAGUAAGGCUGGGAUCUGGGUUGCAUGGCGUUUUCGUUCUUGUUCCGCGUACAUAUCUUUCUGGAUGGCUUCGCUAAUUGACUGAUGAUUACGUUGAGUUUUUGGGCAUGAAUCAUUCUGGAUAUCUUGCGCUCUACGCUACAACAACCCACAGCCUCAACCCGCUUAGCAAUUCCUGCCGCCCGUCACACUGAUAGUCUGUCCAGAAAUGUACGAGCUCAGGGGCGAGGCAAUGGCCAAGACAGCACUGGCAGCCUCAGUUGCUGAACCGGGCCUCCUGAGGGGAAUAUCUGCAAAGGGGACCGGUCCUCCAGCCUUCUGGGCAUUCUGCUUCUGAGGAAUACCCAAAGCAACCUUUUGACCAUCAACCUCCACAAACGCACCAGCCUCCUUGUUGGCCGUCAACCGA